AUGGAGUCACUUCCCCCGGAGGUACUUGGCGCCAUCUUCGCUCUCGCUUGCACCGACGGCGGCUUCACAGGCUGCUCCCUUGCCCUUGUCUCGACGCGCGUCCGAGAUGUUGUGCGCUCCAACCGGUUCCACUCUGUCCAGCUCAACGUAGCCACGGAUCGCGACCGCCUCCAAGCAUUUCUAGCUUGCUUCAAGGCGGAGAUGGAGCGCACCUCUCAGUCUCAACCACGCGUACGCCAUCUCUUCCUCACGUCCGGCCGACGUAGUGAGGGAUUCCAUGGGAGCUUCGGCGCACAGCCGUCGACAAUCGAGCGCGAGCGCGCCGAGGAGCAAGCCUUCCGCGCCCAGGUGCUCGAGCUCUUCGCGCUCAUCGCCAAGGACCUCUAUACCCUCACCUGUGCCAGGAUCGCGGGCCAUUGGUGGUACCGUCUUUCGCUUCCGUGCGAGAUCGGGACGAUCGAGUUCCCGCUCUUGCGAGAGCUCACCUGCGACGUUGACGUUUCUUUGUGCCCCCCGCUUCCACGGCUGCGCAGGGUGCGUGUCGCGGGCGACGUCAGCUCUCAAAACCUCCUCGCGUGGGCGACGCGCGCCCCUGGCCUCACGCACGUCUGGUUGGACUGCAUUCCGUCCGGGCCGCGCGGUAUAGAGGUCGUCGAAACCGCGAGGACGAUUACGACGGCCGGUCACGGUUCAGGCGCGAAGAACACACCCGCGCUGACCUAG